AUGGAAGAGACACAGAUUAAGAAUCAGAUGCACGCGAAAAGUAUUCUUGGUAAGAAUGAUGUUUGCCAUGAAAGUGAGGAUGAUACAAAGAAGGCGUCAUUUGCGUGCGACAUCUGUGCAAAGUCUUUCCAAAUAAGGUCGUCUUUAAUUAGACAUAAAAAAUCUCUUCACACCGAUUCCGAACCCUAUCUUUGUGAUACAUGUGAUAAAACAUUCUCCACAAAUCAAUGCUUAUUGAACCACAAACGUGUUCAUGCGAGGGCGAAACUACAUCACUGUGACACUUGUGGCAAAACCUUCUCCCAGAACAGCCAUUUAUUGAUCCAUGUACGUUUCCACACGGGAGAGAAACCAUAUCGCUGUGAUAUCUGUGGUAAAGCAUUUUCCAUAAGCGGUCACUUAACCAAGCAUAUUCGUGUUCACACAGGAGAGAAGCCAUACCACUGUGAUAUCUGUGAAAAGACUUUCUCCGACAGCAGCUCUUACACCAAACACAAACGUAUUCACUCUGGAGAGAAACCGUACCGUUGUGAUGUUUGCGGUAAGGCCUUCUCGGCCAACGAUUAUUUAUCCAAACACAUUCGUAUUCACACAGGAGAGAAGCCAUACCGUUGCGAUAUUUGCGGUAGUGCUUUCUCUGUUCGAAGUUCUCUAUCCAAACAUAAACGUAUUCACACAGGCGAAAGGCCAUACCGCUGUGAUAUCUGUGACAGCAUCUUCUCCACCAGUUUGUCUCUGUCUAGACACCAGCGUAUCCACAGAGGGGAAAAGCCAUACCAGUGUGAUAUCUGUGGUAAAGCCUUCUCGCAAAAUAGUAAUUUAUCCAGCCAUAAACGCAUUCACUCAGGAAAGAAACCUUAUCGUUGUAAUUUCUGUGGCAAGGCGUUCACGCGAAAUGCAUAUUUGUUGAACCAUAAACGAACUCAUACAGGUGAAAAACCAUAUCACUGUGAUAUUUGCGAUAAGGUAUUCUCUCAACAAGGUAAUUUAUUUGCUCACAAACGUUUACAUGAGAGAGAUGCUGUAACUGUCUGA